AUCUCGCCUUCCUUUCCCCUCCCUUUCCUCUCUCUCCCUUUCCGCUCCCCCAUUUCCUUUCAGCCGGCCGGCGGCUUUGGCACCAUGCUCCGGCUCCUCCGGUUGCUGCUGUUACUGCUGCUGCUGCCCCCUCCUGGGUCCCCCGAACCCCCCGGCCUGACCCCGCUGUCCCCGGGGGCGCCCCCUCAGGCCCCCGACUUGCUCUAUGCCGAUGGGCUGCGCGCCUACGCGGCCGGGGCUUGGGCGCCGGCUGUGGCUCUGCUGCGGGAGGCACUGCGGAGCCAGGCGGCGCUGGGCCGCGCGCGGCGGGACUGCGGGGCGCACUGUGCGGCCGAGCCGGGCGCCGCGCUCCCCGCCGUGCUCCUUGACGCCCCGGGGCCUGACUCUGGGCCGGGACCGGCGCAGGGGGCCUGGGAGCGGCUGCUCCUCCGGGGCGUGCUCCGCCGCGCCGAGUGCCUGACCCAGUGCGGGGCGCAGAAGCUGGGCCCCGGGGGCGCGGCGCGGCUGCGCGUGGGGAGCGCGAUCCGGGACGCCUUCCGCCGCCGGGAGCCCUACAACUACCUGCAGAGGGCCUACUACCAGCUGAAGAAGUUGGACCUGGCAGCAGCUGCAGCACACACCUUCUUUGUAGCAAACCCAACACACCUGCAGAUGCGGGAGGACAUGGCUAAGUACAGACGUAUGUCCCGGGUUCGGCCCCAGAGCUUCCGGGACCUGGAGACACCCCCAUACUGGGCAGCCUAUGACACUGGCCUGGAGCUCCUGGGGCGCCAGGAGGCAGGACUGGCAGUGCCCAAGCUAGAGGAGGCCCUGCAGGAGAGCCUGGCACAGAUGGAGAGCUGCCGGGCAGGCUGUGAGGGGCCUGAGGAGCAGCAGAGGGAGGAAGAGGAGGAGGAAGGGGCUGGGAGGCAGGGGGGCCUCUAUGAGGCCAUUGCAGCGCACUGGAUUCAGGUCCUGCAGUGCCGGCAGCGCUGUGUGGGGGACACAGCCACACGUCCUGGUCGCAGCUUCCCUGUCCCUGACUUCAUUCCCAGCCAGCUGAAGCGGCUGCAUGAGGCGUAUGCUCAAGUGGGGAAUCUGUCCCAGGCUGUGGAAAAUAUCCUGAGUGUCCUGCUCUUCUACCCGGAGGAUGAGGCUGCCAAGAAGGCUCUGAACCAGUACCAGGCCCAGCUGGGAGAACCGAGACCUGGCCUCAGGCCGAGAGAGGACAUCCAGCGCUUCGUCCUUCGAUCUCUGGGGGAGAAGAGACAGCUCUACUAUGCCAUGGAGCACCUGGGGGCCACCUUCGAGGACCCUGAUCCCUGGACCCCGGCGGCUUUCAUCCCUGAGGCUCUCAGAGAAAAGCUCAGAGAGGAUCAAGAGAAGAGGCCGUGGGACCAGCAGCCUCCACAGCCGAAGCCCUUGACUCACUGGAAGGAUGUCCUCCUCCUGGAGGGAGUAACCCUGACCCAGGAUGCGAGACAGCUGAAUGGGUCGGAGCGAGCGGUGUUGGACGGGCUGCUCACCCCAGCCGAGUGCGGGCUGCUGCUGCAGCUGGCCAAGGACGCAGCUGAGGCUGGAGCCAGGUCUGGCUAUCGAGGCCGCCGCUCCCCUCACACCCCCCAUGAACGCUUUGAGGGGCUCACAGUGCUCAAGGCUGCGCAGCUGGCUCGGGCUGGGGCUGUGGGCAGUCAGGGCGCUAAGCUGCUUCUGGAGGCAAGCGAGCGUGUGCGGACCCUGACGCAGGCCUACUUCUCCCCGGAACGGCCCCUGCACCUUUCCUUCACCCACCUGGUAUGCCGCAGUGCCAUAGAAGGAGAGCAGGAGCAGCGCAUGGACCUGAGUCACCCGGUGCAUGCUGACAACUGCGUCCUGGACCCUGACACCGGAGAGUGCUGGCGGGAGCCGCCAGCCUACACCUAUCGAGACUACAGUGGAGUCCUCUACCUCAACGAUGACUUUCAGGGCGGGGACCUGUUCUUCACAGAGCCCAAUGCCCUCACUGUCAAGGCUCAGGUUCGUCCUCGCUGCGGACGCCUCGUGGCCUUCAGCUCCGGUGGGGAGAAUCCCCACGGUGUGUGGGCCGUGACACGGGGACGGCGCUGCUCCCUGGCACUGUGGCACACGUGGGCACCUGAGCACAGGGAGCAGGAGUGGACAGAAGCCAAAGAGCUGCUGCAGGAGCCAGAGGAGGAGGAGGAAAUGCCCAGCAGAGACCCUGCCCCAGAACCCCCCAGCCGCAGGCUCCAGCGGGUCCAGGACAAGGCUGGGAAGCCGCCUCGGGUCCGAGAGGAGCUUUGAGGGACUGAGCCAGCUCCUUGGGGAUGUGGCCACUUGACUUGUGAAGGGCUGCUUUGAGGCCAGGACCCAUGAGAAGCCCCCAUGUGACAGGAGCAGAACAGCGAGCUCUCUUGCCCUGCACCCCCACCAUCUUGGGACUCACAAGAGCCGUCUAGCCCUGAACUCAGAGGACACUGCAUGGACUAGCCUAGAGCUCACCAGGCCUGGGGAGCCACUCCUGGCCCCAGCUGAUGGACCUCCAGCCCUAAGACAGACAGAGGACACGAUGCUUCCCUGGGAAGAACUGUCAGGGGGCAGGGCCUGACGGCCUUAAAUGAGGAGGAUGAGAGGGGAGGAUACCCCACUGCCCUCUCCAAGCUUGUCAAUAAAGAACAUGAAGACCCCUCAGCC